UCUAGAAAUAGAAGAUGGACGUCGAACGGCGGUUGGCAUUGGGACUAGCAUAGCGCUGUAUUAGAUUAUAGUGCAAGUUUACUCCAGACACGCUGUUAAUAUAAACAAAAACAAACUUCUGUUGCUGAAUUUGGCAGAACAUUUCCAUUCAUCACCGUCAGUAUCUUGGCUAACUAGCAGCACGCAGUCAACUAGCUAGCUAACGUUAGCUUGCUUGCCAGCUAACAGGAACGGUAGCUUAUUUUUUCGGCCUUAGCUAGUGAGCUAGCUAAUUACAUGAUUUAUUGGCAUAGUGACCGGUACCUAGUUGGGUUUGCUUACAGCGAAAUAUUUCUCUUUCACGUUUUAACUAUUAGCUAGUCUCAGGCGGCAUUCUCAGGCGGCGCCAGCUGGCCAGCGCAGUAACGUUAGCUACUGUAGUUAGCUAGCUAUGGCCUCCAGGCGAGGAAAUAGUAACAGCGGCAUGGAUUCUCCGUUGAAUAGCAAUAGCACAGCCGGUGGUGCUAAUCGUAAACAAAGUAUAAUCAACGCCCCAAACCGAGCUGGGACUGAGUCUUGUUAUGAUCGUAAAGUAGAGAAGGCUGAGUAUGCGCACCAAGCAUGCCAGGGCAACAUGACUGUAUCCUCACUCAAGACACGAUUAGCCCCGACCAUUCGAACCACGUUAUCCGCUGCUGUGGAUACCCUCUUGGGCGAGGUAGUACUUGUGCUCAACGAGACGCAACAAGAGCUGGUUAACAAGGAGCAGGAGAACGAAAGACUCAAAGUGGAAUUGAGGACGUUGCAGGAAUGCCUUAGCAGCGCCCAAAAGUUAAUUGACCAGUUGCAAAUUCCAUUCCCUGGUGCACAGACCAUGGGUCAGUCAGUUUUCGCCCCCUCUCUCACAUCUAUUGGCUCUAUGAACACAAGUAUGGACAGGGACCGCCAGAGCCACCGAAAUGUCAACGGCGCGGACGGCCGGUGUGUUUCCGGGGUCGACCUAGAGAUGGGUGGCUCUCUCAGUGAGUCUCUGCAUGGGUACGACUCCAGGGAUGACUAUAAAAUGUGUCAGCUCUCUAUCCAACCAGACGGCUCUGUGACCAACCAUUCUAUGGACUCCUAUGCUGCCAACGCACCUAACAUCUGCUCCGACCCCAGCCGGCCAGAUGAGAGGAGGCAGCAACAGGGGACACGAGAAGGAGGAACGAGAUUUGAGAUCAAAGAAGAGCAGGGGCCUGGUCCAAGUUCAGGUCCAGGGCAGGCCUGCAGGAGAGGGCCAGGGCCAAGGAGCGCCGGGGGUGCUGGCGGCGGUGGUGAGCAGACGGCCCAGAAUGUGGGUGAUCUGGGAUAUAUCCAUGUGGUGGAGCAGGAUGGGUCAUCGCGCUCCGGCAGCUACUCUCUUCGUCACCCAAAACCCAUGAGGCCGCGUACCGCCACUGGUGGUUCGGCUCAGGGUGAACUGGCAGGACAGAAAGCGGUGUUGAGGGCUCCUGGAGCAGUGGGAAGGGACAGCAUGUCCCCAGGUAGGGCGGGAGAGAUAGCAGGACCGUCCACCUCUCCAGGAGACCCAGAUGCAGAUCGCCCCCACCACUGUCUGGAGUGUGGGAAGACCUUCCGCCUCAUUUCCAGCCUGAAGAAGCACAUCCGCAUCCACACAGGAGAGAAGCCCUACCCGUGUGGGGUGUGUGGCCGCCGCUUCCGUGAGUCAGGGGCCUUGAAAACCCAUCUUCGAAUUCACACAGGCGAGAAGCCCUACUCCUGCUCUGAAUGUCCUAAAAUCUUCCGCCAUUUAGAUGGCCUGCGCAAGCACCAGCGCACCCACACUGGUGACAAGCCCUACGUGUGCGCCAUAUGUGGCAAGCGUCUGAGCCGACUGCAGCACCUGAAGCACCACCAGCGCAUCCACACCGGAGAGAAGCCCUGCGUCUGCCCCUUCUGUAACCGCACCUUCAAGGAGCCUGCGGCACUGCGCAAGCAUGUCCGCACUCACCGUGAGGAGUCUGGAGACAUGGAGGCAGGCCUGGGAGAGGAGCCGGACCCAGACGCCCUGGACAACAUCAACAGCCUCCACCCUGCUGCCCCCUCCCCUCAGAUGAGGUUUGAUGAGUGGGGAGCUGAUGGGGACGAUGUGGACUGUGUGUAGGAUGGGCACAUCCUUCUGUCUACAGCAUUAGAAACAUGACAUUAGUCUUCCUAUUCCAUUACUGUACUGUGUGAGGAAGUCUAAAAUUCCAUCCCUGAGAAACAGGCUAUCUAUCUACAUCCUAAGUAUUGUCACGUGACCAGGGUAGCCUAUUCAUUUCAGAGACACUUCAUGUGCCUGUCUGACCCCCUGACAUAUCCUUUAGUGCUUUAUAAUCUUAGAAAUGUGAAAGUAGUUUAUAGAAUAUGAAAUGUACCCAUGUAUCAUGUCCCCCUUCUUCCAUACAACUCCACAACCUACCUGGUGUGUAUCAGCGUUGUCUGCUGGAGAUACUCAUCUUUUAAGGUGCUCGUCAAAUGUAUUUUGAUAUGGAAUGGAGUUAUAUGCAACCAUGUCCAAAGACCAUAUUAUGGAAUUGUAACAAUAGUUAGUUUGCUACUAUUAAUGCCACCGCCAUGGUGACAGAGACUCAGUGAUGUGAUUUUACCAUGAACAGCGGUGCAAUAACUUCAGAGAGAGCGCAAGGCCUUGUUAGCAGUGGUGGGAAAAGUACCCAAUUGUCAUACUUGAGUAAAAGUAAAGAUACCAUAAUAGAAAAUGACUCAAGUAAA